CUUCGACCAAAGCUGAAGAACGCUUUGAUUGUCAAGCAAAUGGAGCAUCAUCCGUUCGUUACAGUACCCAAUAACCCCUCACCUUCGCCGCAAAAGAUAUGAGGAUUCCUCUGCCGCACCCAACCCUUAACUCCUCGGUCGCCCAGAUGCAGUUAGUGUUCGACUACUGCAGCACUGUAAACAGUCAAUCCUAUUAAUGAUCUCAUCCCACCCAGAUGCCACCUCCUCGACCGGUCUCCCCACUUUCUUUGGAAAUAUGCUCUCCGCCACUUUCCGACCUAGAUACCGAUGGUAUCCUCGCUUCCGACGAUGAACUGAACGAAGAGGAACGUGCUGCGCAACGUCGGAGAAUCGAGAAACUUGCCGAAUCAUAUCUCCAGAGCAAACCGCUCUUCAUCCUCUCAGCUUCUCUACGAGGGCCCCUGGACGGAGGCUGGGUGAACCCUUGGAAAACUGACAGGAGGCGGAAUGUGCCAGCUGGCCGCAAUAAGACACAGAUGUCCAAAGAGACGGAGAUUCCAGCAAGCCCCAUCAUACAUGAAACCAAUUCUCGGAAACGAAGGACGCACCAUGAGCCUCCAGAAGUUCGUAGCUCAAGACCACAGACCGUUGCUCCGGAAUCAAACAUACAUCGCAGUGGAGGCGGCUCUACUCGCCUCCGUCACUUCAGUGAUAGACCUAUUAGAUGGUCGGUGUCUCCGAGCACCCCUAGAAGGUCAAUACCAUGGGCGAAACCAAUUGGCUCGAAUGCAGAGCUCCGCUCCUCGAGUCCAUCCAAACAUACCAACGAAAAAUGGUUGAAGAAAGACCGGAAACAGAUUAGCUUUCAGAACGUUGACCCACCCACAUCACCAACGACAACAUUCUCGUCUCGUUACUCAACCAAAAGUCGCGCUUCCAAGGACGAUCCAGUCAACAGCCAAGCUGCGUCAUUUGAACAUAACCAAACUUCUCCAUCGAUUGAUGAAGAGCUGAGAGCGUCAUCUUUACCCGCCCUUGAUCCUGAGUUUUCCACUGUCCACCGCGUCUCCAACAGCAUCACCUCUUCCCCCGCCAAGGACCAGCGCCUCUCAGGUAUUAGUAUACAAAAGGCCACCUCGGGAACAGUGGUUCAGGAUCCUUCAUUCUAUGUACUUGCUCCCUCGUCGCAUUUACCGCAGUUCGAGUAUCGUCGGAGGAAGUCUCGUGUUAAUAGUAAAACAGAGAGCCCCAAGCAUUCUGUCGCUAUGGGUUUGGAUGUUGAAAAAGAUCCUCAUUCACAUUCUAUUAUUAAAGAAAACGACGCCUCAAUGCAACACGUAUCGACACCAUACCCUAUGCCUCUAGAUAAACCCACGGGGCAAGAGCACCUGGAGGCCGACAGAAAGUCCCUAGGCAUUUUAACUUCUACGAGCACUAUUAAUGCUAUUGGGAACCCGUCUGUCUCUCACUCCGCGAAGUUUCGAUCUACAAGCACUGUACACAAAGGGAAUACGAGUGACAGAUUGCCGUCGGCUCAGCAAGUACGUAACAAUCCAACCAUGACGGACAUCACAUCAUUGCACUCGAUUGCCGUACCGAGAAGCAACUCAGAGUAUGACGGCGACACCAUCCCCGAUCCUCAAUUCUCUACUCAGGCGGCUCUUCUUCUUGCCCAGAGAUCGUUCCAAAACGACCUCGAUAGUCCGGGACCUGAUAAGGCAUCUCCAAAAAAACAACAUGCUUCUGACUCGUCGAACAUAUCCUCACCUAUGUCGAAUAUCAUCACCCCAUUCCGCCGGCUCGCCACACCUGAUAAAGUCGGGGGAGUUAAUCCAGUCAAAGCACCUACCACUGUUGGAGGUCAAUGGCAAAGCACCCAAUGCAUGAUUGAUGCAGCUACGCCUUUUACUUUCAGUACAGAAAAAAAAGCAAAGCGCCGGACCAUAUCCCCAGGGAAGCACUUGGCGAAUAAGAAAAAAGCAAAAACUGCCAGUUUUAAGCUACCAUCCUCUCCCUCGUUGACCCCUGGCGAGACUCAACGCGAUCAGGUUGAUGAAGAUGUACAUUCAAGUCCUGUUCCCCGCCAUUCUUCUGGCCAUGAGAUUCAACAUAGUGCCCUUCCAAUGACAUUAACGGGGACAACACCACCCACCGCUCAGGAAGGGCAACAAGGCUUCCCAGGUGUCGACAGCUUUAAUCUCACCCAGGCAAUCGCCGAUGCAGGUAGCUGGCUACAGCAGAGCUUCGACCUCAACGUGGAUAUUCAACAAUAUGGAAUCUCCAGGACAGAGCCGCAUUCUUCAGCCGGAACACGGCGAUCUGCUGUGGCUGUGGAUAGUGAUAAGUAGCAGUAGCCUACGUAUCAGAGCAAGCUAUAUGUAAUUCGUGAGUUCUCAAGGUUGGCUUUUCUUAGAUGGAGAACAUGGUGGAGCUGGUCCUCCCUUAAGGCAAUAGUCC